CGGAGGGGCCAGCCGCUGGGAUGUAUGAUAUCUGUGAGGGAGCUGGCGGAAAGGCACGGCGCUGUGGUAUUUAUCCUCGAGACGGAUGAAACAAGCAACCUUUUCGAAAAGGUUAACUGGUGCUAAGGUUGUAAAUAUUACAAUGUGCAGAUGCCAAGGCCAGUGUUAACCUGUCGGGACUAAAAGAAUCUGCGAAAGGACAGUCAAGUCUUUCAGCACUCCCACAGCUUGCAGAGAUCCAUAUAGGCUAAUUAAUCACUUGGGCUGCAGGAAGCGUACGCAAAGGAGGAAAGAUGGGUCAGAUCCUCCAGUCUACGUUUUUACUUGUAGUUGCUCUUACCACAAUCAGAGGAACGCUUGAGCAGAGAAUUAUCGGAGGCCAGGAAGUCGUCCCGUACUCCAUUAAGUACCAGGCAUCGAUCCAGUACAAUAAGCAGCACUACUGCGGGGCCACGCUUAUUCGUCCCCAGUGGGUAGUAUCUGCUGCACAUUGUUAUAAACCUCCUUCUCUGAUCCAAGUUGUCUUGAGUGAGCACAAUCUACUAGAACAGGAAGGAUUCGAGCAAGAAAUCAACGUAUCCAGGAUCUUUUAUUACAACUACAACUAUAGAACGUUCAACAAUGACAUCAUGUUGCUCCAGCUGGAAAGGCCCGCCCAGCUCAAUGCCAACGUCCAGCCUGUCCCCAUUGCUGACCCGAAUGCCCCGCCGCUCGAAGGAGGGGUCACCUGCACCGUGAGCGGCUGGGGGGUGACCCGCGUCUACAGCUACACCCUCUCCCCCGUGCUGCGUGCUGUCGACGUCAACAUUAUCCCUGAUUGCCAGUACUACUAUUACUGGAGGGUCAACAACAACAUGCUGUGCGCCGGCUCCCAAUUCGGGGGAAAAGACUCCUGUCAGGGAGACUCAGGUGGGCCCCUUGUAUGCAAUGGCCUUUUUGAAGGCAUAGUCUCCUGGGGGAUCAGCUGUGCCAACCCCUACUACCCUGGGGUGUACACAAAAGUGAGGAACUACACCCCCUGGAUCAACUGGAUCAUCGCCACCAACUGAGCCCCAGCUUAUCCAUGUGAGACUGGCUAGCUUGGAGAGGGAUGACACCUGAACAACCACUUCUGCUGGUUGUGCUUUAUGUAAAGACACCAUUAAAUGAGAGCGUAUACUGACCACCACAGCAUAGCUUGGACAUUAGCCUUAUAGGGGUGAAUACUCCAAAGAUGGCAUGGAAAACAGCAUUGCCACCCCUAAUGUGCGUUAUGGAAUGAGUAGCUUUUUUUUUGUUUGUUUGUUUUUCAACCUGACAAUUGAAAUAAUGGACCCAGCAAUACCAUCACUGUCUGACAGUUUGUAAUAGUACUGCAAAUCUUUAAAAAGGGCUAAAUAAAAAAGGACUGAGAUGAAA